ACUGAGAGGUAAUCUAAGCCAGCUGUAGACGUCGCUCAUACAAACCCUGGCCUGGAAAGUGUGUAGUGUACUUCUUAGAUCUCUUUCUGUGUUCUCUGCCUUUCCUUGCUUGUUCUGGAAACUUUAUUGAGAUUUCUGCGUGCAAAAUCUUUUGUUCCUGGACUAUCUUUUCUGCCAUGGCUUCUUGGAAGGCCAGGGCAAUAGGCCUCUUUCUUAUUCUGCUGUGCUCAUUUCAGCUCCCCAGAGCACUGGGGGAGGAGCAGCAGCCCCACCAUGAUCACCACCAUCACCAUGGAGAUGUAGAGCAUCAUGCCAACCACCAUGAGGAAGGACAUCACCAUCCCAAGGAACACCAUCAGCACGAUGAGGAUGAUGACCAUGCUACUCACCAUCACGAAGCAGAACAUCAUCAAGGAAGUCACCCUCCUCCCCAUGAUAAUGAUGACGACGACGAUGAUGAUCAGCAUGAACUUCAUCAUGGAGAUCACCAUCACCACCCUAGUGUCCACCAUGAUGAUGAUGAUGAUGAUGACGAUGACGACGACCAUGAAAAGCACCACCAUGAACAUCAUGAUAGCCAUCACCAUGAUGAUGAUGACGACGACGAUGAUGAUGACAGUGAUGAAGCAAGUAAACCCCACAGUGACCACCAUUUGGAACAUCAUGGGGAACACCAUCACCACCAUCAUGAUGAUGACGACGACGACGAUGACGACGAUGUACACCACCAUCAUGACCACCACCAUGAACAUCAUCAUGAUGAUGAUGACGAUGAUGACGAUGAUGAUGACGAUGACAAAGACCAUCACACUCAUGAACAUCAUGGCAACCACCAUCAUCACCAUCCCCAUGAUGAUGAUGAUGAUGAUGAUGAUGAUGAUGAUGACCAUAAAGACCAGCAUAAACAUCACAGUGACCACCAUCACCAUGACCACGAUGAUGAUGACGACGACGACGAUGAUGACGACAAACAAGAACAUCACCACCACCCUCAUGUACAUCAUGGUAACCAUCACCAUCAACAUGAUGAUGACGAUGAUGAUGACGAUGAUGACGAUGAACAUCAUCACCACCCUCACGGGCAUCAUGGUAACCACCAUCACCACCACAGUCAUGAUGAUGAUGAUGACGACGAUGAUGACGAUGACGAACAUGAACAUCAUCACCACCCUCAUGGACAUCAUGGAAAUCACCAUCACCACCACAGUCAUAAUGAUGAUGAUGACGACGAUGAUGAUGAUGACGAUGAUGAUGAUGAACAUCAUCACCACCCUCACGGGCAUCAUGGUAACCACCAUCACCACCACAGUCAUGAUGAUGAUGAUGACGAUGAUGAUGACGACGAUGAUGACGACGACGACAACGAUGAGCACCACCACCAUAAACAUCACAGUCAACACCGUCAUCAAAAAAAGGAUAAUGAUGAUGAUGAUGAUGAUGAUGAUGACGACGAUGAUGACGAUGACGACGACGACGACAAUGACGAUGAUGAAAAAGCCCAUGGGCACCGUCACCACGGUGGUCACCACCACCAUAAAAAAAAUAAUAACAAGGACAGGAAGCACCACCAUCAUCGCCGUGCUGAUAAGGAUGACGAUGAUGAUGAUGACGACGAUGAUGACGAGGAGGAAAGGCAUAAGGAAAAGCAUCGCAAACGUGAAAGUCGCGAGAAAGUCAAGAAGCACUGCAAAGACAAAGAAGAUGAUGAUGACGAUGAUGAAGAGUACGAAGUGGGUUCUCUUUGCCACUACUGCGCAUUCUGCAAGGAUUGUGACGAAUGUGACAAGUGCCCCUGUAAAGAAGGAGACCGUAGAGAAUUCUGCGGAAGCUGCCAGUACUGCCAUUACUGUUACGUUUGCCCUGUGUGUGAGACAGCCUGUACGCCUGGGAGCAUUGUAGAUGAGUUAUCAGGAGCUUUAUUUCAGACGUUUGCCACCAUCUUUGAGCGGCAGGAGCGCUGAAGCACCCCCUGGUGAAGAGGCCAUGAGGGGUGGGUGGGAAUAGGUGACCCUUGACGUUUAGGGCCAAACUACACAUGGUGAACCAUUUUGUAAUUCUCUUUACGUUUUCCUCCCUUCCUGCCACUUUGUCCGCUUAAAAUGUGUCGUCACCUCUGCCUUUCUUCCAGUGAUUUCAGUCUCCUCCAGCUUUUUUAUUUUAAAAGAAUCCAAAAACCUUAUUCUGUAGGGCAGGGGGAAUCUCAAAACUACUGAUCACAUGUAGUUUGGCUCUUAGUUAGCUAGGGGCGUGGAAAGGGGAGUCCAUGUUUUUGAGCUACUGGGUAGCACUUUGGUAUACUAACUUGACCCAGUUAAUUGUUCAGAGCUUGGUCAUACUUGCGGUUACUUCUGAGCAACAGGCCUACCACUUGUACUUAGCUGAAGAAACUGUGGGGCAAUUUGUACAUUGAUGUCGAUCAUGAGAUUUUUGUGAGGAAACUGCAGCUCAGCUGAGACAUACUGUGAAACUGCGGUUUGUUUUCACUAAACUUAAGUUUGUGAAACCGCGAUUUGUUUUCACUAAACUUAAGUUUGUGAAACCAGGAUUCCCCUCACUGACAGUUUGUGAAAUCAGGAUUUCCCUCACAAUCAGUCAAACUGUGGUUUACCUCAGCAGCUGCUGAUUUCUUUGUCUUUUCUCUGGACAGGUGUCUCUGCAGCUUGAGAGGAUAUCCAUGUUCAUAUGUCACACAAAAUCACAGUUAAGACUUGUGGUAAAUAAACCAACCUCAGACCAUGGUUUCAGCUGACCCUAGCUAACCAGUUAUUGGAACAAUCUGGGUCAAUCACAUUAAACCAUGGCUUAGCAUUAUAUCUGAACUGAGAGUUGUCUCCAUUAAAAACGUUAUCUGAGGAGAUACAAAAACUUACCUCAUGAUGAUUGAUUCAUACAAUUGAUUGAUUCAUGCAAUUGUCAAGUAACAAACAUACAACUGUGAGUCAGCCAAUCUUAACUAUAAAAACGGCUCUAAUACCAAGUUGCAUCAAAGAACCUUGGCCAUUUUUUGUCAGGAUGCCAUAUCACAGAAAAACCAUCUUCCUGAUAAUGCAGCAGUCACUCCUAUUUGUAGUAUAAAUGAUAGCCUCAGGAUACUUGUCUAUGGCACAAACUUUCAAACUGGUUUCAUAAUAGUGUAUCUAGCACCUAGGGCAGUGGUUCUCAACCUGGGGGUCAGGACCCCUUUGGGGGUCAAACAACCCUUUCACAGGGGUUGCCUAAAACUCUCCGCAUCAGUGUUCUCCAUCUGUAAAAAGGAUAAAUGUUAGGGUUGGGGGUCACCACAACAUGAGGAACUGUAUUAAAGGGUUGCGGCAUUAGGAAGGUUGAGAACCAGUGACCUAGGAUUGGGUGGCUUGUUAAGUUGAACAGAGAAUGUCAUACCUUUUUUCUCUAUAUGGUCAAGAUAUAUCCUCCUUGGUAUUCUCCAACUCUAACCAGCAUUGUAUUGCAUCCCCCAUAAAAUCUUGAAAACUAUUACGGGGAUGCAGAGAUAUUUAUAACAUUGUCACACUCUUCCUGAACUGCAAGCUACAGAUUUCAGACCAUUAGUAAGAUAUUUAAAACUGCUUUUGUAGUUGCUAUGUUGAUGAGGUGGAAAUACAAGUAAAAUCUGCUCAGAAA